AUGUACGCAAAAUCCGCUCUCCAGUACGCCGCACGCGCUGCACGCGUGGCCUCGUUCAUGUCCAGCUCUCCACCAGCCCAUCUCUUCGAGCACACGAAGCGCUUCUCGACGACCGCGCCAACCUCCCCCGCCGUCGCACAUCUGGAAGUCGAGCGCAAGUUCAACUGCAACCCUGUUCUCGGCCUCCUCCUCGAGACGUCAGACGCACAAGCAAAGGGUCGCAUCACCCCUUUCGCCGCCAUCGCCCAGAACUCGCCGCUGAAGUUCGCUCGCCAGCCAGACGAGAUGAUCGUCGACCAAUAUUUCGACUACGAGGGCAAGCUGUCGGCCAACAACAUCUGGGUCCGCCAACGCACCGUCAAUCCCACGUCGUUCCAGACGGGUGCCGAUGAUUCUGGAUGGGAAGCCAAAGUCCGAGUCGGCGGCGAUUACCAGAAUUCGGAGUUCGAGGAAGUCUGUGGGAAGGACGAUGUCAUGAAAUUGGUCGGUCGCUUUGUUCCCAAGAUUCAAGCCACCAUGAACAUGGGUACAAGCCGCAAGAGCUGGGUUGCAUCAGAAUGCAGUCCUCAAGAUGGCGAUCGUCUUCCACGGCAAGUCUUGGUGGUGAUCGACGAGGCCAUGGAGACGAUGUGGCCCAUCAAGAUGAACCCAGGCGAGGAGGCGAAGAACUUCAAGCACAGCGUCGGCGAGGUGGAACUGACUCGAUCGAUCGAGCUCACCGGAGAUGACGAGGCAGACCAGGACCUGAAGAUGAGGAUGACUGGACAGAUGAGCGAGGAGUUGAAGGCGUGGAUGGAGCGCCAUGAGGAGCUGUUUCCGACAGAUCCAGCGCCUCAAGGAAAGCUCACGGCCUUCUACGCCUGGAAGGAUAUGGCGGAGGUUCAGAGGGCGGCCUGGAUGAGAUUGGUCGGACCGUUCUGA